ACAGCGACAGAAAGCCUCUGUACCUGGAGGGAGGGCCCGUCCCGCCCGUCCCGCCCGUCCCGUCCUCCCUGCUCGGCGGCUCUGAGCAGCUCACUCGUGUGAACUCUCUCAACAUGGAGGUCCAGCUGCUGGUUUGUGUCGCGGUGCCGCUGCUCCUCAUGACUUCAGGAACCGACGCACAGUCGGACGUCUGUGGCAUCGCGCCGCUCAACACCAAGAUCGUCGGCGGUGAGUCGGCACCUGCCGGGACGUGGCCCUGGCAGGUGAGUCUGCACCGGAACCUGAAACAUUUCUGUGGAGGGUCGCUCAUCAACAAACAGUGGAUCCUGACGGCCGCUCACUGCUUCUACCCCAGCACCAGCACGUCGGGCCUGGUGGUUUAUCUCGGACGUGACUCUCAACAAGGCCUGAACUUGAACGAGGUGUCCCGUACGGUGUCCCAGGUCAUCAACCAUCCCGCCUACAACGAAAACACAAACAACAACGACAUCACUCUGCUGAGACUGUCGUCCCCCGUCGACUUCAGCGACUACAUCCGGCCCGUGUGUCUGGCAGCGGACAACAGCAGCUUCCCGUCCGGGACCAGCUGCUGGGUCACCGGCUGGGGGAACACGCAGUCCGGGGUUUCCCUCCCGUUCCCUGAGCGGCUGCAGGAGGUCCGUGUCCCCGUCGUGUCCCAGGCUCAGUGUCAGCAGUCGUACAGUUCCCUCACCAACAACAUGAUCUGUGCCGGUCUGACCGAGGGAGGGAAGGACUCCUGCCAGGGCGACUCCGGCGGCCCCUUGGUGAGUAGGGGCGUGUCCUCGUGGGUCCAGGCCGGAGUGGUGAGUUUUGGAUCUGGCUGUGCUGAGCCAAACUUCCCAGGAGUCUACACGCGUGUGUCCCAGUAUCAGACGUGGAUCAACAGUCAGAUCCCCAGCGACCAGCCGGGCUUCGUGUCCUUCGAGGGCAGCGGGUCCACUGGCGCCGCCACUCGCAGCUCCGCCCUCUCACUUGCGCUGCUGCUCUCCGUCCUGCCGGCGCUGCUCCCUGCGCUCGUCCUCUCGUGGGACUGACGACGUCCAGAUGAACCAGGUUUAUGGAGUGUACUAUCUCACAUGUACAGACGCUUGUCGUCGAUGUUCACACGACGACCUGAACAAACCCAGAUGCUGUUUCGCUGUAACUUUGAAUGUUCUGUGUUUGUGAUCACAAACUAUUUAACAUAUGCACUGAUGAUGAAGUUUUCAAACUUGGACCUGUGAUGUGGCGGAGCGGUGGAAUCUGUACUGUACCUCUUUAUUGAUCACUGUGUAUGAUAACGUGUCUGUGCGCCGCCUACAUGAAGCACAUCACAAAUAAAAGAGCUUUCCUCACGAUGA